AUGGUUUCUUUUUUACGGAAUGAAAUUCCCACUGUGCAAAAAGUGGCUAAAGUUAUAAAUGAUGAAGCUGAUUUGCCAAAUAUGUCCAUUCGCACAGUAGGACGAAUUAUGAAUGAUUUAGGAUUUGCGUACAGAAAACGAAAACACCAGUCAAUUUUGAUUGAGCGUGCCGAUAUUCAAUGCUGGAGGCAUAGAUAUCUAAGAGAUAUAAAAAAAUUUCGUUCACAGGGCAGGACAAUUUAUUACACCGAUGAAACUUGGGUAAAUUUUGGGCAUUCUAAAACCAAAAUUUGGGAGGACACAAGUAUAAAAAGUGCUAAGAGAGCCUUUUUGAGCGGUCUUUCAACAGGUUUAAUUGCUUCCUCAGGAAAAGGCUCUCGGUGUAUAGUUGUUCAUGCUGGUAAUGAAAACGGAUUUAUUCCUGAAGCAUGUGAUAUAUUCGUAGCUAAGAAAGCGAAAGGAGAUUACCACGGGGAAAUGAAUUCAGAAUAUUAUGAAAACUGGUUUGAAAAAAAAUUACUGCCUAACUUGCAACCGAACAGUGUAACUGUGUUGGAUAAUGCGUCUUAUCACAGCAGCGUUUUGUCUGAAAACAUUCCUUCUUCAAGUACAAGGAAAGCAGACAUUCAGCUUUGCUUGACAGAAAAAAAUAUUCCUUGGGAAGCUGAUAUGUUAAAAGCAGAACUUUUAGUUCUCGUUUCUAAGUUUCGAAAACAAUUUGAAUUCCAUCGUAUAGAUGUUGUAGCUGCUCAAGUCGGACAUACUGUUUUGCGUUUACCAUCAUAUCAUUGCGAAUUGUACCCAAUUGAACUCAUAUGA